AAUUGUAAUUUACUUCGCUAAAAGAGCUUCGAAAUGGCCCGAGAUUCAAUUUUGACAUGGAUGCGAAACCUGGGCGAGAAGGGCCGCCAAAAUGAACUAGAAUUGUUAAUUCAAAACACGCCAAUUGAAGAGUUGAAGAACACGCUGAAGACCACGAUGUCGCGCAGCGAAGGGAUAACCUUUUGGAACUACCUGCUCCUGGGCUUCAAUCCGGACAACGAGGAUGCUGUGGCGAAGCGAUUCGAGUGCGUGCGCAGCUUCAUGGACGGACUGGGCAGCAUGGAACUCAGCUACAAGCAGACCUUCGAUCUGAUCACGCGCCUGUCUCAGGAUCUGGUCACCUUCCCCUCCGACCAGCUGGCCUGGAUCGUGGAGCACUGCAUGGACGGGAUGCGCCAGGGGGACGCCAAGUGCGUGGGCUGGAAGGAUUUGUUGCCAAGUGCACUAUCGCUACUUUUGGCCAGGCCGCGGUUUCUUCGGCACGGCAUCUUCAUGGAAGGAACUGAGUUCAGGGAUAGCACUGUGAGAAGUAUGGCCACCAUGCAGUGGCCUGCCACCAUUCUCACUCCGAUUGCAGACAUGUUCAAGUCCAUGAAUCUCAGCAGUGCAGAGAUCUUGACGGUGCUCAACAAGUUCUCUGGCGCCCUGCAGGAGCUGUCGCCCAUGGAACUGCCCGCCCUGUGCUUCCAGCUUUUCUCGAUGUGCAGCACUGCCUCACAGCUAAUUAUUCCUUUGCUGGCCCUGGAGAAGUAUUUUCAUCGCAAUUUCUACAAACGCCUCUUCUCAGACAUGUGCAGCAACUCCACCAACUUGGAUAGCAUUGACUCAUAUUCGGACAAGGAGCUAAGGGAGGCGGAGGAGACCAUCCUUCAUCAUUUAAACUACUGUACCAUGUACAAGCUAACUGAAAAACAUUUGGCCAUAAUGCUAAGGAAUUUCGUGCACAUGCCCGAUGUGAUCCUAACGCCGUUUAUGCUUAGCGCCAUUAUUUCCAUGACCAGCAUUAACCGGGACCCAGAGUCUGCAAGGAUCUCCCACUCCAUUUUGCUACCUUUCCUGCGUAAUGUGAUCAAAAACAAUGAAGAGGAGCGAACGUUGGCGGAGUACUCCGUAUGGUAUCGCGAUACUUUGCAGCGCAAACAAGUUGAUUUGCAGCAGGUGUUCGCUGUGCUUAUAGAUCAGAACAAAGAGGGCAAGGACGUGAUAACUCCAGGACUUGUGCAGCUGGUAUUUUACCUGCUAAAAUCCCACACCCCUAAGAUGCAUGCAUUGGCCAUAACGUUCCUAACCAAGUUUAUACGUAAACGUUUCAUCUUCGGCCAGGGCAUUGUAAAACUAAUUUCGGAGUGGAUGAUCGUGUAUCAGGAUCAGAAUCAGUUCUCGGAAUGCCUCACGCUUUUAAGUGUUGCUGAUACGUACACCGUCUCCGAAUGUAUAAAGACCAUUCAAUCUGUUAUGGAGCACAUGCAGUGGCUGUCUGGCGAGCAAUCCAUGCGCAUGAUGAACUUUAUUCUACCCCUAUUGAAGAUUUCCAAUCGCGUUCGAGAUGCGCUGAUCGAUGUGCUUUGCAAGGCAAUGAGCUCCAGUGGAAUCCAAAAACGGCGUAUGGCCAUUUAUGGGUUCUGUAUGAUCCUCAAACAGCUUAACAACAGUAAUGCGGUGCGCCAGUCCUCAAGUGCCACUAGCUUCUGCACUCAGCACAGCAUCUCUGGAUACUCUAUACUGACGCAGAAUACACUAGGAAGUCGCAGCAAUCCGCAGCGAAACUUCGACAUGCUUACACUGGAAAUUAUUGGCAUGCUGCGAAAUUGCUUGCAGCAGCAGUUUGAGAUACGUUGCACCCUCUACGAGAAUCUUCAGAGGGCCGUAGAGCUUAAUGCUAAACUAGUGCCCCAUGUGCUGCAAGUAAUAGAUUGGCAUUUUCGCAGCUUUUUUGAAACCCCCUCUGCAGAAGAUGCUGGUGACGAUUUGGACACAGUUUUUCGCAUUCGCUACGAUCAGUUGGUUAGCUCCAGCGAUGACCAACAUAUGGAGCUUCAGCUUAAGGAUAACCUGGGUCGAUUGAUUCAGUUCGUAGCCAACUGUUUGGUAAUCUUCGAACGAGCUCCAUCGGGCUACGACACUAGAGAGAUGAAUCGGUUAUUGAGUUUUUGUGUGGACCGCAUGGUGGCCAACAGAUUGCCAUUAGAGGACAUUUCACCACCAGCCACACAUCUGAAAUGCGCCCUCGUAUUGCAACAACUAAACAUUAUUGAGGGGAUAAUAAGUCACUUACUGCUUAGCUCGAAGCCACAAAACGAUGCCGUUUCCCAAAUUUUGCCGCUGUUCAACCAGCAUUGCAAGCUUUUGGAGACUCUCAAGUCAUUGGCUGACUCAUCUAAGAAGGCCCACAAACAAUUGAAACAAACGGCCAAGAAUAAUAGUACUUCAGCCGUCAAUCUGACUUUGAAUGGUGUUCCUGUAAAAAGUAUGUGUACCCAACCGGAGAACAUUUGGGAUCUGGCUAUUCUGGACAAGCUGCUGCAUCUGCUGCUCGAUGACGUUGUUGCAUUUGCUGCUUCUCAAAAGACAGGUCUAUUGCGGUCCAACGAGCCUCUUGUUCGCUAUGUUCUAUCGGUAACAGCCAACAGGGUGGAAACUAUACGCCAAGAGCCCGAUUAUAAGCAACUGGCUUACAGCAAGCGCACUUUCAAACAGUUGACAGACAUAACCAAGAUCAUAUAUGAGCGCUGCAUUCAACGUCUGCCCGAGUUUUGGAGAAACUUCGAUAUGCAAAGCUCCGCCCUAGCUGCUCAGUGUUUUGCUGAGUGCCUACGAACAGCCCAUGAAACCUAUCCCAAGAAGUUCCAAGAUUUUGUCAAGACAUUUGAUAUGGCAUCUAUAAAGGGAAGCAGGAACAAGGAAGCCAUUUAUAUUGUACAGGAUGUCUUGGACGAGUUUAUGACGGAAUAUGGCAGUGACGAAUCAAUUCACAAAGAUGAAUUUAUUGCCAAAGUGCCCAUUUGCCUUUUAGAAUCUCUGGAGAUUCUGUUGGAUCACAUUGACUACGGAGAACGUGCGGCCACGGAAUCGUUCACUUGGCUCCUUAACUUUUGCUGCAAGAACGAAAUUCUCAAUAGCGAAAUGGGUAUGGUGCACAGAAUGCUAUUUGUGCAGCGGCAGAAGACCCAUUUGGGUCCCUUUUUUGACGGCGUGGCCAGGCAAUUGGGUCUCGUCCUCGGGGUCCAAAAUGAAGACAAACCAUCGGAUUCCGUGGAACUGAAUCUUAAGUCCAUUAGCACAGUGACCGCCGAGAGUUGUUUGCAGCAUCUCUAUACAGCUGUCCAGAAGCAGCUGACCGAUGUGGACUAUUUUGUGACCAAGGCCAAUAAUCUGAACUACAAAUGCCAAGUAGUUCCAGAAAUUGAUCAAGUAUAUUGGCGGGGUAACUUGGAUGCCAUGGAUCGUUCUAUUUGCACACAAAUAAUCCACAUAUCUCGCACUUUGCUUGUUCUCACCAACGUUUGCAUUCCCCUGGGCUCUUCUAUGGAUGGACUUAUGAAAUUGUUAAUCCAGCACUUCACUUGUAUGAAGAACCUGACCAAACACUAUAUAGCGAGCUACUCAUCUGAUGCAAGCAUUGAAAACAUUCGAAGCACUAAAUUUGAGCUACUACUUCGUGAUGUGGGCAAACAGCUUCCGGCUAAUAUCUACGAGCUAAUUACGUACAUAGAAGCGAAUACCCUUGAUGAGGAGGCGCAGCAGCAUUUGAAAAAGCGAAAGGUUGAGGCAGAGCGUGCCAAAGUUCUGAGAGAGACCCGUCUAAUUCCCAAGGUGAUAAUGGUAAUCGAGGACUUCAACAAGCACAUUAUCCUGCUGUCGAAAAAAACCAAAAGCCAAAAUAGGCUUACGGAUUACCUACACUUGGGAACGAUGCGUGACUUUGACAUCAAGUCGACAGAUCUUAGAGCGGCUAUAGAGCGCAGUAUAUCGGACGGUCGCAAUAUAUCCACAGAGGACAGCACUGUUGGGGAUCCCGAUCCAGAUCGAGAUGAAGAUGAAGAGGAAGACGCUCAGUCCACAACAUAUCCUGAGGAAAUCGAGGAGGAGGAAGCUGUAACCGUAGUUGUAGAGAAGAAGGGACAACGGAGGAAACGUGCUACUAGCAGUGAAGCGGAGGACUCUCAACCGAAGCGAAAAAGAGGCCGCAAUAUAUCCACAGAGGACAGCACUGUUGGGGAUCCCGAUCCAGAUCGAGAUGAAGAUGAAGAGGAAGACGCUCAGUCCACAACAUAUCCUGAGGAAAUCGAGGAGGAGGAAGCUGUAACCGUAGUUGUAGAGAAGAAGGGACAACGGAGGAAACGUGCUACUAGCAGUGAAGCGCAGGACUCUCAACCGAAGCGAAAAAGAGGCCGCAAGGCUGCGGUGAAGCCGCCAGUCGAUCCUCAGUGUAAUGAUACAGAGGAAUCCACUGAAGAGCAACCUGAAGCCACUUCAAAACCGCUGCGAACUAAAAAAGAUUCAAAAACGCAGCCCAAGAAGCGGGCUCGCGCAUCAGAUGAAAGUAAAACCGCUAAAAAAUCAGAUGUGGAAGUGGAUAAGCAAACGAAGAAACCAACAAAAGAGGUUCGCAAGCCAGAGGAGCCCGUUGCGAAUAAAAAAACUCAACCCAGUCGUAGAGUGGGUCUUCAACGUGCUUCAAAGAAAUGAGUUCGAUGUUUAUCAUAAAUUAAGUAAAAUGUUGGGUAAGGACAUUUUGUUGUAAAAGAACAAAAGAAAGAAGUUAUACCUUUCAAGCCGAUCAAAGGAUAGAUAACGUUGAAAUUAAUAUUUUUUAUGAAUAUUAUUCUUCCAUAUUAUUUACCAAAACACAAUUCCUAGCUAAAAAAAACUUAACAUACUUUUUGCCGCUGAGGAAAGGAUAGAUAACGUUGAAAUUAAUAUUUUUUAUGAAUAUUAUUCUUCCAUAUUAUUUACCAAAAUACAAUUCCUAGCUAAAAAAAACUUAACAUACUUUUUGCCGCUGAUUAUUUAAUAAAUUAAAUAAAGUCUUUCUGGUGACGAGAACAUCUUAUUAUUCAAUAAAUAUUUAACAAAUUUAACGGUUCGAUCGCAAUCUUCAAAUAGUUCGAAAUUGUCAAUUAAGACGACUUUUCCAAUUUCGAUGUUAAAGGCAACAAUUUAAAAAAUUAAUUGUUACUUGUCUUGCCAUUGUUAGCAAAUAUCCCUAACAGCUUUUCGCCUUGGAUGUUUUAACCUCGCAUUGGAGUUAUAUCUCUUUUAGAUCUGUGGCCCACGUAUUAAGCUUGGAUUAUAAGUGUUUAAUAAUAUUUUAAAUAACAUUACAAUCCUUGGCUACCUGUCUUCCUACCAUUACCACAUUUCUGUUCCACCCAUAAUAAUGCUAGUGCCC